AUGCACCCCCCUCUCGAGCUCCUCCUCCUACUAUCACUACACCUCACCCCCAUCUUCGCAACGCUAAUAUUCCCCAUGCCUGACACCCCGCCCUGCGUGCAAGCCUGCGAAGAUAAGACCGACAUGUCCAACGUCCCACUAUGCGCAAUAAACCCCCCACAAACUAGCGAAAACGACUUCACAAACACCAUCAGCUGCCUUUGCACCGACCGGCACCUCCUCGCCUCCACAAUCCCCUGCGUGCUCCGGUCCUGCGCUGGGAAUAGCUCUUCAAUAGAAACCUACUUCACAACCCUCUACACGCUCUGCCACACGCACGGCCACACGCACUACCCCCCGCCCCCGCACCUCCUCCGCGCGCUCGGCAUCACCGCGCCUCCUAACGCCACCAUCCCCGCUACCGUCAGCGGCGUCCCCAUAAACUCGGCGUUCCCAGAGGUGGCCGCGGUAACAACGCAUCUGCGCGCGCUGCCGACGCAGAACAUCCUCAAUGCGCUGGCGGCGGAGGCAGAGAAUGGGACGGGUAGCAGUAGUGGGACGGGGAAGGUGGAGGUUGUGGGGCAUGGGAUGGGGGUGGCGGGGGCGGGGGUGGUGGGCGUGGCGGUGGUGGGCGUGGUGGUGUUGGUUGUGUUGGUGGCGUUUUAG